AUCCCAUCCCCCCCUCACCUCGGUUGUCUUCUAGGCUGGGGAUGGCAGCGCUUGUCUGGACAGCCCUUUGCCUUGCUUCUGCCAUCGCUGUGGAUAGAAGCAACUUCAAGACGUGCGAUCAGAGUUCCUUCUGCAAGCGCCAGAGGAGUGUGAAGCCUGGGAGUUCCCCAUACCGGGCAUUGCUGGAGUCACUACAGCUCAGCCAGGACUCCAUGAAACUGCAGCUUGUCAAUGAAGUGAACAAGGUCCCACUCCUGCUGGAACUGUAUGGGCUGCAGGGGAACAUGAUGCGCAUCAAGAUCAAUGAGCUGAGCCCGUUGCACCCGCGCUACGAGGUGCCUGAUGUGCUGGUGCGCGACCCACCUGCCACCUGGCUGGCUGUGACAGGCCGGGACGACAACAGCGUGGAGCUCGCGCUGGGUGACUCCGGACACAAGCUGAUCCUCACAGGGAAGCCGUUCCGCAUGGACCUGCUGCAGGGGCGGGAGCUGGUGCUGAGCGUCAACUCCCGUGGGCUGUUGCACUUCGAACACCUGCGGCACCGGAAGGACUCCCCCAGUUUCUCGGAUAAAGUUAGUAGCUCGGUCGGUAGCUUGUGGGAUAAGAUCAAGAGCCUUUUCCAUAGGGAGGAGCCAAAAGAGUCGGCCCCGGCGGACGGGACAGCCAGCGAGGAAUCGGAGGCAGCUGUGCCUGGGGAGCAGGAGUCCAGUGAGAAGAGCACAAAGUCAGAGGAGGACAGACCAGACCAGGCCGAAGAGGAGCUGGGGUCCUGGGAAGAGACAUUCAAGACCCACACGGACAGCAAACCCCAUGGGCCGACCUCAGUGGGGCUGGAUUUCUCACUGCCGGGCUUUGAGCAUGUCUAUGGGAUCCCGGAGCACGCCGACAGCCUGCGCCUGCGCACCACCGAGGGGGGUGACCCAUAUCGCCUCUAUAACCUGGACGUGUUCCAGUAUGAGCUGUACAAACCGCUUGCCCACAACACCCAGCGCACCGUGGGCAUCUUCUGGCUCAAUGCUGCCGAGACCUGGGUCGACAUCAGCUCCAACACAGCUGGCAAGACACUGUUUGGGAAGAUGCUGGAUUACAUGCAGGGGGGUGGCGAGACCCCCCAGACUGACGUGCGCUGGAUGUCGGAGAGUGGCAUCAUCGAUGUCUUUCUGCUUCUGGGGCCUGCUCCCAGUGACGUCUUCAGGCAGUACACUACCCUGACGGGCACACAGGCCCUGCCCCCGCUCUUUGCCAUGGCCUAUCACCAAAGCCGCUGGAACUACAAUGAUGAGGAGGAUGUGGCUACCCUGGACGAGGGCUUUGACACGCAUGACAUCCCCUGUGAUGUCAUCUGGCUGGACAUCGAGCACACUGAUGGCAAGCGCUACUUCACCUGGGACUCCAGCAAGUUCCCCCAGCCCCGCAACAUGCUGGGGCAUCUGGCCGCCAAGAGACGCAAAAUGGUGUCCAUUGUGGACCCGCACAUCAAGGUGGACAGCGGGUACCAGGUCCACAACGAGAUCCGCUCCCGUGGCUUCUAUGUCAAGACCAAGGAUGGCAGCGAUUACGAGGGCUGGUGCUGGCCAGGCUCGGCUGGCUACCCUGACUUCACCAACCCUGAGAUGCGUGCGUGGUGGGCCAGCAAGUUCUCCUAUGACCAGUAUGAGGGCUCCAUGGAGAACUUGUACAUUUGGAACGACAUGAAUGAGCCAUCUGUGUUCAAUGGCCCCGAGGUGACAAUGUACAAGGAUGCCCUGCACCAGGGCGGCUGGGAGCACCGUGACCUGCACAACCUCUAUGGCUUCUACGUGCAAAUGGCAACAGCACAGGGACUGGAGCAGCGCUCGGGGGGCCUUGAGCGUCCCUUUGUGCUGAGUCGUGCCUUCUUUGCUGGCUCUCAGCGCUACGGUGCGGUGUGGACUGGGGACAACACAGCAGAGUGGGACCAUAUGAAGAUCUCCAUCCCCAUGUGCCUAAGCCUGGCUCUGGUGGGCAUCUCCUUCUGUGGUGCUGAUGUAGGUGGCUUUUUCAAAAGCCCAGAUGCAGAGCUACUGGUGCGCUGGUACCAGCUUGGUGCCUACCAGCCCUUCUACCGGGCUCAUGCCCACCUGGACACUGUGCGGCGUGAGCCGUGGCUCUUUGGGGAGGAGAACAAGGCCCUGAUCCGCGCUGCCAUCCGCCAACGCUAUGCCCUACUGCCCUAUUGGUACACGACUUUCUACCACAGCUACCGCUCUGGCCAGCCUGUCAUGAGGCCACUCUGGGUGGAGUACCUUGAUGAUGUAACCACCUUCAGCAUUGAUGACCAGUUCCUGAUUGGAAAUGCACUGCUGGUCCACCCAGUGACAGAGCAGGGAGCCCAUGGUGUGCAGGUCUAUCUACCUGGCAAAGGAGAGGUUUGGUAUGAUGUCCACUCACACCAGAAGCACCAUGCCCCCCAGAUGCUCUAUGUGCCUGUCACCAUGAGCAGUAUCCCUGUGUACCAGCGGGGUGGGAGCAUUGUGCCACGGAAGGAGCGAGUGCGACGCUCGUCAGACUGCAUGCACCACGAUCCCUACACACUCUAUGUGGCACUCAGCCCUCAGGGUACGGCAGAAGGAGACCUCUUCAUUGAUGAUGGACACACAUACAACUUCGAGAGCAAGGCCCAAUACCUGCACCGCCACUUCAGCUUUGCUAGCAAUACUCUGACAGCCAGGUCAGCAGAUUCCAAAGGCAUCUUUGAGAGCCCAGCCUGGAUUGAGCGGGUGGUGAUCUUAGGAGCAGGGAAGCCGGCCGCUGUUUUCCUCAGACAGUCUGGCAUGCCUGAGAUGCGCCUGGAUUUCCAGCAUGAGCCAGAGACCUCCAUCUUGACUCUCCGCAAACCCGGUGUCAACAUUGGAGCUGAUUGGAGUAUCUCCUUGCGAUAAUGCCGUGCAGUGGGGGGUGGGAUGAGGGAGAUGGGAGUGAUGUCCCCCUCACCCCAGCCUCACAUCAUGCCCAGGCAGGGAGGGUGCCCUGAGCCAGUAGUACCCCACCCCUCUCCCUGUGUCUCAGGGCUGGUCUCUUCUGUGAAGGGCAGAUAGGGGAGUCCUGACACACACCUCAGUCUGAGGGGAUGGGAGUGCCCAGCCCCCCCACUCCCUUAACUGUUUCUGAGCUGCUUCAUUGAUUAAUUUGUAGCAAUAUUUGCUCCUGGUUGUGAAUGAGAAAUCCUUGGGGUGGGGGCUAGGUUGGUGGGUUAUAGCCCCAUCCGCCUUGCUACUCAAAGGCCCCUCCUGGAAGGGGUGAUGGCAGGACCUGAGGCAGGAAGGGAGCAGCUGCUCAGUCACCAAGUUCUCUAGAAACAUUUAGGUGCCCCUAGCACAAUAGCAGGACCAAACGUUUUGGCUGCCACCAUCCUUCCUGCCCAAAAAGGAGACUCCUCUCUCUCACUUCUAGCUGCCCUUCCUAUAUGGGGGAGGGGGCUAAGUGGUACCCCUUCUAAUUCAACCUGUCCUCCUCCCCUCCCCCUAGCAACACUGUGACCAGAAGCAAAUCUUGGAAUAUGCAGGGAGCCUCCCCUAUACUGUCCCUGGUGGAGUAGGGCAUCCUACUUUGCUGGGGCUCCUGCUCCAAUUCACUUGUGGGGGACAGGUGCUGUGCUGCCCCUAAUCCUAGGAAGAGGAGGGUUCUACUAUGUGUGUGGCAGACUCACGCUUGUAUUUAUAAUGGUGAGUGAGCAAAUGGAUCAUGUGGGGUGGUGGAUCAAAAUGAGCCAGGGGCCUGGGGAGGGUGUGUGGAUGGGGGAAACUACCUCGGCCUUGGCUCAGCAUGAGACCUGUCAAUGCUGGUCCUGGGCUCAAAGGCAGUCCUAGCCCCAGUCUGGCCAGGAGAAAGUGACAGUGAAGGAUAAUGGCUGGAGUAUUUGUCCCCAUGCCCUCCCUUAGCUCUUGCAAUGUUGUUGCCCUGGCUGGGCCUGCCCUCUUGUGCUCCCUCUGCCCGAGGGUAGCAUUUCUCACUAGAUACUGCAAAGCUGGCGUGGGCAGGUAUCUUUUUAGUACCAAGCUGCCUCCCUUCCUCCUGCCCCAGCCAUCUGGA